AUGACUCGGACUGUCGGCAAGAUGUGGGAAAAGUACUGCCUGCGUCCAACUCAGGGCAAUGUCUCCACCAUCCCAGUUUUCGUCUACGGUACAGCCUGGAAGAAAGAACGCAGCGCCGAUCUAGUCUACAAUGCAAUCAAAGCCGGUUUCCGGGCUGUGGACACAGCGGCCCAACCCCGCCAUUACCAAGAGCAUCUCGUGGGUGAUGGCAUCCGCAGAGCAAUUGCCGAUGGGAUCGUCGGUCGAGCCGACUUGUACGUGCAAACCAAAUAUAGUCCUGUCUCAGCACAGGAUCCGGCCAAUAUGCCCUAUGACCCGUCAGCGACGGUGACGGAUCAGGUCCAUGCAUCUAUCAAAUCAUCAUUGCACAAUCUUCGCUCAAAGGUUGACCCUGACUCCGUGGAUGAGACCUAUAUUGACACGGUGAUCAUCCAUUCCCCACUGUCAACUUUAGCCCAGACCCUGGAGGCCUGGCAUGCCCUUGAGACUUAUGUCCCCCAUCGCAUCCGGAAUUUAGGUGUCUCCAACUGUACAUUGGCUAUACUCCGCGAAUUGUGUACUUCACCCCAGACAACUGUGAAGCCAUCAGUGGUACAGAACAGAUUCUACGAGGACACUCUGUUUGACGUCCCCUUGCGCGCAUUCUGUCGCGAGAAUCGGGUCAUAUACCAGAGCUUUUGGACAUUGACCGCGAAUCCAGACCUCGUGCGCUCUAAGCCAGUGCAGCAACUUGCUCACCAUGUUAGCAUAACCCCAGCUGCUGCAUUAUAUGCGCUAGUGAUGGGUUUGAAGGAUGUGGUGGUGCUGAAUGGGACCAAGAACGAGUCACGCAUGAAGGAAGACUUGUCUGCCCCUACACAGGUGGAGGAUUUCACGCAGAAGCAACCUGAGUUAUGGCAACAGAUUCUGACAGACUUUCGGGGUUUGAUAGGGGAAUCUACAUAG